CGGUUCAGUUGUUAAUCUUUCGUCCCUUACUGUCCAGUUUAAAUCAGACAAGUUUAUAAUUAGGAAGAAAUGUGACAAUGUGGCAAGAGUUAGCAAUGGUGAAGCUAGACCCAGUGUUAGUGGUGCUGUGUGUGACAACAAAGACACAGAUAGUGACGGAACUGUGGCGGUGACAAAAAACACAGUUCCUGGAAAAAAACAACGCUGUUAUCAGCCCUCUUGGAAACAGCAAUUUGCAUGGAUCGUAUACAAUAAGAAUCAGCAGACGCAGGCGUUAUUGGAUGCCCUUGGACAGCUAGUCCAGGGUCAACGUGCGCUGCAAAACGAUGCGGCCGCCGCCGCUUCAUCGCUACCGCAGCCACAACACGCAGUUGCACCCCAGUUUCGUCCAUUUCGUGCGGACGACGAAAGCUGGACGGAGUGGUCGCGCCAAUUUGGAUUCCAUCUCGCCGCCUACAGAAUUCAAGGUAAUGAGCGGCAGCCGUUUUUGCUUUCGUGUGUAGGUGUGUCCACCUACCGUGUGAUAGUGAAAUUGUUUCCCCGACGCGACGUAGCAACUCUGUCAUACAAAGAAAUUUUGUCUGCUUUAGAUGCCUAUUUCAAAGAAACAGUUAAUGUAGUUGCAAAAAGGUAUACGUUCUUUCGUACAAAACGUACGGCCAGUCAAACUAAUCGGGAGUGGGUUGCAACUUUGCAAGGCCUUACUAGGGAUUGUGCUUUUGCAUGUGACUGUGGACUCCCUUAUUCAGAUACUAUGGUGCGUGAUGCAAUUGCACAGAAUGUUUCUGAUGUUCGCAUAAGGGAACAGAUUUUGAAACUCGUCAAUCCCUCCCUUCAACAAGUGAUAGACAUAUUGGAUAGGCAAGACACACUUGACUUUGCUCAGGAAUCAUUUGAAACUUCGCCAGCUGUGUGUCGCAUUAACCGGCCCGCCGGGCGCGCUGCACGGAACUGUAAACAGCCUUUGCGCCCGUCCGCACAACCACGUGUCCCGCGAAAGCGAGCAAAUGCAGUGCUGAAAUCAUGCCCGCGGUGUGCAACUCGACAUUCGCGUGUGAAUUGCCCGUCACGCCAAGCUAUUUGCUUUUUCUGUAAUAAGAAAGGACAUGUUCAAAUUGUUUGCCGGAAAAAGCUUAGAUCGGAGACUACCAACCAUUCCAGGCCCUUUGCUUCGCGCCGGAAUCGAACCAAGGUCACUCAGGCUCGGGAACCUUCGCCCAUGGACAUUCAUGUCGUUAAUGCCACUCCGCCCAGUGUUCCUCUCUCUAACUGUGACUGUGUUCGUUCCACAAAAAGUGUGUGUCGACGUCGACGGAAAUCCCGUCACGUCGCAAGUGCUUCUGUACCAGUGUCUGUUCAAGUUGCACAAAACAGUCGCUCUUGUCGUCAGCAGGACAAUAAACUUUUUGUAGAUUUGGACUUUGCCGGACAAGUGAUACCAUUCCAGCUCGAUACCGGAGCUGCAGUUUCAUUGCUCAAUCACGCUACGUACAAACAACUGGGCGCCCCACCGUUGUGUGCCGCAAAGGUUCAGCUCACUAGUUAUUCAGGACAGCAUAUCCCUGUGUUAGGACAGUGCAGCCUUCUUGCCACAUAUAAGGGACAAACAAAACUAGUGUCAUUUUACGUUCUUCGUUCUUCUGCUGCAGUGAACUUGUUUGGUUUAGAUUUAUUUCAGUUGUUUAACUUGUCUAUAGUCAAUCAGGUCCUAUCAGUGAACCAGACUGUGCCUUCCGCCAGUGUUUCUCGUCUAUGUGAAGAAUUUGCAGACAUUUUUGCACCGGGCCUUGGUUGCGCUAAGAACUAUGAAGCACAUUUGGAACUAAAAGUCAACGCGCAACCGAGAUUUUUCAGAGCGCGCAAUGUUCCCCACGCAUUGCGUGAUGAGGUAGCCAGAACAUUAAACGAUUUAGAAUCACAAGGUGUAAUUGAACGUGUGCAGGCUUCUCUCUGGGCCUCACCCUUAGUAAUUUUGCAAAAACCUUCCGGAAAAUUGAGACUUUGUGUGGACUUCAAGGCAACAGUGAAUCCACAACCAGUGACUGCUCCUUUUCCUUUGCCCUGCCCGGAAGAUCUUUUUGACAAACUGUGCCCGGGAAAAUAUUUUUCAAAGUUGGACCUAGCCGAUGCGUACUUGCAAAUACCGGUGGACGAAGAAUCCCAGCGCGUAUUGGUGGUUAACACGCAUCUUGGAUUGUACACAUUCAAGACUGCCAUUCGGGUGUGCAUCCGCCCCUGCAUUGUUUCAGCAAUAUUUACAAACUAUUUGUGCGUCGGUCCCUACUGCAGCAAACUAUCUGGACGAAAUAGUGAUCUCCGGAAAGACUGAUGAAGACCAUCUUGCAAACCUACGAACAUUAUUUCAGGUCUUGCGACAAAAUGGUCUUCGCUUGAGGAAGGACAAAUGUGUGUUUUUUGCUCAUGACUUGCCAUAUCUGGGACAUGUCCUUAAUGCCCAAGGCAUACAUCCGAGUCCGGAGCACCUCCGUGCCAUACAGGACUUGCCUUCGCCGCAGACUUUGAAGCAGCUACAGAGUGUGUUGGGAAAAAUUAACUAUUAUCAUAGACAUAUUCCGAAUGCCUCUUCCAUUGCAGCUCCGCUUCAUCGCUUAUGCCGUAAGGAGGUUCCGUUCGUCUGGUCGACGGAAUGCGAACGCGCCUUUCGCCAGUUGAAAUCGGCGUUGCUUUCAAAUA